GUAUGCGACCAGGGCUCUUCAAACAUGAAGGCGAUAAAAUCUCUCCAGUUUGACACGGACAAAGUUCGAGAUGAGAAGGGAAUUAUCAAGUCCUGGACGAUCCUCCUCAUCGAUGGCGUAGAAAUAAUACUGCUUUACGAUCCACCCCACAUCCUAAAGUGCGUGAGAAAUAACCUCCUAACAAAGGAUCUGGAGUAUGACCAUGACCCAAAACUUACAGAGGAAGAGCGGAAAUUUGCGUCGUGGGAUCAUGUGGUGACUGCUUACCACAUUGAUUUAUAUGCUCCUCGUUUAAAUCGAAUGGUACUGGACUUGACAGAUGAGCAUAUAUACCUCGAUAAAAUCAAUAAAAUGUCUGUGAAGCUGAUGAUGCAGGUUUUCAACAAGAAACUGGCUUCCUUCAUGGAUUUUCUUUUCUUGAUGCCAGGACCAAUAGACACCCACAUCGGACCGUUGGAUAUGCCAUCGGAAGCUUACCACACAGCCUUCAACCUAAACUUGUUGAACGACUUUGGGGAUGGUUUCAGCAGCGUACGGAAAGGUUACGUUCGGCAAGGUGACAGGAACACUAGACGUGUCCCGUGGACUGAAAACUUUUACCAAGACGAGUUUUUUAAACUUUCGGCUAGGCAAUUAAAGAGCAUGUGGUUUAUUGACAAAAAAACCCAAAAGUCUGUUACAACAGACAUUCCAAGUUUGCAAAAUUUAAUAGAUACGUUGGAAGAUUUUCUUGUAAUCUGGGAAAAAUUAAAAUCACUCGGAUUCGAAAGCUUCUGUACACAUGCUAUUAAUCAAGAGCCUUUAGAAAACUUUUUUGGAAAUGUUAAAAGCCAUUAAUUCAGGUCAAACAAGCCGACAUGUUCUCAGUUCAAAGGAAUUUUUAAAAUCGAUGCUAGUCACAAAUCUUUCUUCGAGGCACGCUCCCGGAUACAAUUGCGAAGAGGAUUCCGGCGUAUUCAUAAACUCCAGCAAAAGCUUUUUGAGAAGUAUUGUCAGGAAAUAAAGCGAAGAGCAAUCGCAGCAUGAGGAUGGCGAAGGGGAGGUUCUGCCCGACCCUUCAACCUUUAAAACCCGGGCAGUUCCGGAGAAAGGUCAUGUGUACAGCGAUACAGCAGAUCUGAUCAGAUGUUUGCAAACGAGCCUGCCUAAAACAAAACUAUGCUCUGAUUGCUUAAGCAGUUUGCAAAA